AGCAGAGCUUUCUUGAUGGGCAAAUUAAACCCAUUGAAAAUAAGAGUUCCUUACUCGGUUAUCAAAAGUCAACGCUUCUUCUAUAUGCUUUGUAACAUUAUUACAAGGAAAUCCCCUAGAAAAAUCUCAAGAAAUUACACACCAUAUUAAACACAUAUAAUCAUAAGCUAAGGAGGUACCCUCUACAAAUAUAUAUCCAUUAAAAUGUUGCACCACCUUCAUCAUUAAUUAUCAAUCAUUGUUAUUAGCUAUCACAAAUCACCAUCAUCAUGUGUUUGAGAUCAUUCAGGUGCAGUUUUUGCUGCAUCUUCGUCACACUUUUCACCUUAUUCCUGUGCUUCAUUCUAUCCAUAUUCCUAUUUUGGAUAAUCAUAUCUCCGUCAAGUGUCAAAUUCCAAGUAACCAAUGCUUCCCUCACUCAAUUCAAUCUCACCAACAACAACACCACAUUGAAAUACAAAUUCAAAGUCAACAUCACAGCAAGAAACCCUAACAACAACGUGGUGGUGUACUAUAGGAGGAUCACCGCAUAUGCGUGGUACAAAGACAGGUAUUUUGCUACCGUAAACUUGGCGCCAUUUGAUCAAGGCCACAAGAACACGACCCUCCUUCAAGAAGCCGUGUUUGAAGGACAAAGCUCGAUUCGACUCGGGCCAAAGCAAAUUGCUGAGUACAACAUGGAGAGGAGUGUGGGCAUUUUCAAUGACUUGGCCGUCGAUUUGGAUGUUACGAUAAGGGCUAAGUUUGGGAGGUUCAAGAGCGGCCGGUUCGAUCCUCAGUUUGUUAAGUGUCGCCGGCUCAGGGUUCCUUUGAUUUCGAAUGCUAAACCGACGGCAACAUUCAAUGUUAGAAGGUGCAGUAGUCCUUAUUUCUUUCAGGAUCGGGAUGAUGAGGGAUAGCCCCGUAUUAAAUAUAAAUUUUGAGUACUUGAAUGUGAAUUUGCAAUUAUAUAUGGCAUAAAUAAAUAAAUAUAAGUAUAUACUAAUAAUGCCAUAUGUAGGAUAAGCAGAAAAGCAAAAAUGAAAAUAGAAAUCCUCGCGUCAUAUAUAUGUAUCACUUUGAUUUUGUCAUCGAGUUGUAUUAUUCUAUUUCAUUUAAUUAAAUGAAAUUUGUUGUUGAG